UCAAAGUCAAACGUAUCCUGCUGUACGCCGUACGGCUGCGGUGCUCCUCCAGAAAAAUAAAAACAGUCAAAAGGCAUCGCAAAAAAUUAAAACAAAAUCGCAACGCUGCUGAUGCGUUUGAAUUAACUAACUAUUAAAGUUAACAGUAACAAGUAAAAAUAUUUUGAUAGGCAACUGCGGGAGUGUUUUUGAUACGCUACGCUUUUAACUUUUUUACAAAGCGGAACAACAGAUACCUCGUUGUCGUUGAACUCACUAUCCCUGAAUUCCGCUCUGCCGCCGACGGAUCCCGAUCACCAUAAUCCACACAACAUGAACAAGCUGUGCCGCCAAGUGUCAAUUGAGUCGCCCGGCCCGGGUGCCAAGAACUGCGUCUUCAACUUCUUUGUGCCCAUCGAGGACACACCGGCCCUGGGCGCCCGCAUCAGGAUUGUGUGCGCCGGUGCCUGCUAUCGCCGUCGUGACCGGUCCAACUCCAUAACCAGCAUGUCGUCGGUGUCGUCGGAGCUGAGCGACUACUGCCCGUCGGUCAACUCAAUGUCCUCGCCCGCUCACCAGGGCAUCCGAGAGGGAUCCUUCUUCCCCGGCUUCGAAGUGGCCGGCGUGAUCGAGUCCCUGGGUUCAGAGAUCACGGAGGCCAACAACCGUGGCCUGCGCAUUGGACAGCGCGUCAUCGUAUAUCCGUUCGACGAGACCCCAGCCGGCUAUGCCGAGCUUCUGGUGGUGCCAGAUUUGAAGCACGUCGUGCCGAUUCCCGACAGUCUGCCCAUGGAGGUGGCCGCAAUGCUGCCUACAGGCGCCCUGCUGGCCAUGAAUGCCGUCUUCAAGGCCCAAGCGGUGGUCACACAGAUCCUCAGCCAGCGGGCUGCCACAGAGCCGAAGCGAAAGUGCAAGAUCCUGAUUGUGGGCACCGGCGGACUAGCGCUCUGGGCGGUGCGCAUUGCUUCCUAUCACUUUGCCUCGACUGGUGCCGACAACGUGGACAUCACAGUGGCCAGUCUCAGGGACGAGGGUUUCCGCCUGGCCACGGAGAUCAAGAAUGUCAGCGUGGUCCAGUGGAACGAAUGCCUGUAUGAGCCCCAGCUCAUCGAGCGCACCAAGGACGUGUGCGGCGGAGCCGUGGAUGUGGUUAUUGAUUUCGGCACAACCUCCAGAAGCCUGCACCGCUCGAUGCACUGCCUGUCCAAGGGCGGUGUGGUGCUGAUCAGCGACGAGGUGGCCGAGAAGCUGCUGCCCAAGUUCUCGCGGCUGUCCAACGAGUACCAGCAGGAGAUUAUACCGAUCUCGAACGGCACCGCCGAACAGUUGGCGGAACUGGUGGAGUUGGUGGCCAAUAAGAAGAUUGAGCCGCCACCGCACUCUGUGUUCCCCUGCGAGCAGGCCGCCGAGGUCAUCACAAAGCUGUGCAACUCCGAGAUACCCGGACGCGCCAUUCUCCGCUUCCACGACAUUGAGUAGAGGCAGCUAGGAGUAAGGGAGUAAUUGGACCCCCAUCAAAACAUUAACUCAUUCAAUAUGGAUAUCUGUUAGUUGUAUUCAGAGGACACACCCCCGACAAAACACUGCAACCUGCGACACUCUCGAAGCGGAUUUAAUUGUGCUUAAUUUGUAGCCGGCCAUUGUUUUGUAACCUUAAUUUUGGACUGCAGACGACCACCUCCUCGUUUCAUUGAUUUAGCAUUUUAAGCAUUUUUAGUAUUAUGUACAUAUAGAUUGUGAUUUAUUUUAAUUUGUAAGCAAGCCCACAACCCGGAUUCUACUUUGCGAUUGCCUAACACACAGUCUGCACAGAUCGAUCGACAUCACAUCACACCCACCCAUCAGAAUGUAAGCCGGGAACGAGAGAUUCGGGCAUCGUAUUUAUGCUUAUUCAAUGAUUUUUGAUCACGUAAAAGUAAAAGCCCUCUCAAGCAGAUGCGGAUUACAAAAUAAAUGUUAUACAUAUUA